CGUUCCAAGUUCACCGGCACCCCCAAGUGUCAGAGGACCGCAUAGCGCUGCAGAUGAAGCAUGGCAGGCGACAGCGAGACAAAGCUAGAUGACCAAGCCGAAAAUGAGCAAAAUAAUCGGCAGCCUUUUCUCAUUGGUGUUGCCGGAGGAACUGCCAGCGGCAAGUCAUCAGUAUGCAGUAAGAUCAUGGAGCUACUUGGACAAAACAAAAUCGACCACCACCAGCGGCAAGUGGCCAUCCUCAGUCAGGACAGCUUCUACAGAGUCCUGACCCCAGAGCAGAAGGCCAAGGCACUCAAGGGACAGUUCAACUUUGACCACCCAGAUGCAUUUGAUAAUGAUCUCAUAGUUGCAACUCUAUGGGACAUCAUGGAUGGCAAAACGGUGCAUAUCCCCGUUUAUGACUUUGUCACCCAUUCUAGGAAAGAAGAGACCGUGACUGUGUACCCUGCUGAUGUGGUGCUGUUUGAGGGCAUCCUGAUGUUCUAUUCCCAGGACAUCCGAGACCUCUUCCAAAUGAAGCUGUUUGUGGACACAGACGCAGACACGCGGCUCUCACGCCGAGUGCUGCGUGACAUCAGUGAACGGGGACGGGACUUGGAAAGUGUCCUAGCGCAGUACAUUACUUUUGUCAAGCCUGCCUUUGAGGAGUUCUGUCUGCCUACGAAGAAAUAUGCUGAUGUGAUCAUACCCAGAGGAGCUGAUAACCUUGUUGCCAUAAACCUUAUAGUACAACACAUUCAGGAUAUUCUAAAUGGUGGCUUAACCAAACGGCUCAACGGCUGCCUGAACGGUUACGGGACGUCCCAGAAGCAGCAAAGCAUGGAGUCCAGCAGCCGGCCUCACUGAGCAUGAUGCGGCUUUCGAGAAAGGACGAGAAUGUUCAUCUGUACGCAGUGCAUGUGGCUACACAUCGCGGCUAAUAAGGCAGAAGAAAUUGGCAAGAAAUGAAAGCAAGGUCAUCAUUUCAGAAUGGUUGUUCGGACGUUGUCGUAAGGUGUAUCCUGAAAAAUGGAAAGAAAUGAUUUUUUGAGCUGGUUUGAGGCAGUUACAUUCAGGUUUUUACUUUGUUCCCCCCUUAUUUUCACUGUGUGUGAUUGAAGGGGGAGAAGUACAAAGAGGUUCAACUUGAGUCACUUCUUGUUUGAUAAUCGCUGCUUGCAUUAUUACAGCACUGAAACGGAGGAAAGAUGUGUCCAGCAAGAUUUCCCAUCACUUGAUAUCCUUAGCCUUUAAUGGUGCAACACAUGCAGUGUAGCAAUGUUCUGUUCAAUGGCAGGGCCUUACCUUAUUUCUGCAGACUACCCUGCGUGACCCAGUUCCCUUUAUCAAUGCAACUUUUUCAAGCUCUAAACAAAUACAUUUUGAAAUACUGCAAUUAUGGGUUUCUUGUGUUGUACAUUACCCUGAGCAGUAUUUGCUUUGUCUUGUGUGAAUCUGACAUUUUGAAUCAGAAACAUUACAGUCAAGUCAAAACAACCAAUUUCCACCUCAAGUCAUUGGAUGUAUAAUGACACACCACCAAAGAAAUAAAGUUUUCUUUGCUGUGUUCAUGG